AUGAUAAUUUUCCAGAUCCUCCAAAUCCCAACUAUAGAGAUAAAAGAUAUCCAGAACCCACACAUCCCAAUUAUAGAGAUGAUAGAUAUCCCGAUCGAAGAAAUCCUAAUUACAGUUCCAUGGAUGGAGACAAUGAAGGGAAGGUUCCUUACGAUCACGAAAGAUCAUAAGGUUCAAUGA